AUGGCUGAGAUGAGUGGGCAGGACUAUGAUGGCACCAGUACCACCCUGCUGCUACAAUCAGAGAACAGGGGAGAUAUAGAGAAGAGGAAUGUAGGAGGUAGGAGGCCAAGGGAAACAUGGAAAGGAGAGUAUGUGAAGAGCAUCGUUUACGCUGGCCUUGAUGCCAUUGUCACAUGCUUUUCCCUCAUCUCUUCUAUAUCUGCUGCUCGUCGUUCUUCUGUGGAUGUACUAGUUUUGGGAAUUUCGAAUUUAGUGGCAGAUGGGAUAUCCAUGGGGUUUGGAGAUUUUGUGUCCAGCAGUACUGAGAAAGAUGUAGCAGCGAAUGAAAGGGCAGCAACAGAGUGGGAUCUCACUAACGAUAAGAGGCCUCAGCUACUAGCAUUAGUCCAACAUUAUCAACAUCUUGGGAUGGACAUAAAUGAUGCCUCCACGGUGGUGGCCAUAUUUGCGAAAUACAAAGACAUUAUAGUGGAUGAGAAGAUGACAGUUCAAAAAAGGAUGCUACCACCUGACCCAUCAGAGAAGCCAUGGAGGAAUGGCGUCGUCACUUUCGCGGCUUUUUUAUUGUUUGGCAGUGCACCACUCCUCUCUUUCAUCGUUUUAAUCCCGUUUACAAAUAGUGACACCGAUAAGUUUAUUGGUGGUUGUCUCCUAUCUGCCCUUUCCCUUGCAUUUCUUGGUAUAGCUAAGGCCAAGAUUGCUGGUCAAAACUAUGUGCUCUCUAUUGGCAUCAUUUUAUUUAAUGGUACCAUGGCAGCUAGUGCAGCUUAUGCAUUGGGGUUGAUACUUAGGAAUAUAGCUGCGGAUGACUAA